AUGUGUGUGAGCAACGCAGCCAUACGUCUGGAGUUAAGGAUUGCAUCAUUGGAGACGGUCAUCUGGAAGCGAGUCUUUGGCUAUUGGCUGUCCAGCUGGCACAGGCUUCCCAACCAUUACCUAUUUCAGUGCCUCUGGCGGGACGACUUUGUCAAUCCAUGGGUAGGAAAAAUCCAUGCCAAACUUCUGAGCAUCGGAAUUUCCCCAGCGGACUCCUUAAAGAUGAACUUACGCUCAGCCAAAAGACUUAUUGAGCAGAGAUUAGCAGACAUUGAAAAUCAACACAACCUCGCCGGGGUGAGGGUGUCUGCUCCCCCAGGUAUCACGGAAUAACCUCACCACUUGGCCUUCCAUCAUACAUGUCAUCUCUUUCAUCUGUACCACACCGACAUGCAUUUAUUCGUGCAAGGUUCAAUGUCUUUCCAUCGAACCUGCUGAGCCACAGAUUUUCCAAGGGUUUGGUGUCUCCACUAUGCGUGUGUGACGGGAAAACUGUUGAUUCUCUCUCACAUAUAAUGUUCAACUGUCCCCGACAUAGCAUAGCCAGGACUAAAUUCCUGGGCCCUGCUUUACUGCGCUUGGUUGGCAGGCCUGCUGAGUCACAUGCCGCACUACUUUUGCAGGAUACAGAUCCUUCUGUAACUCUGCAGGUGGCGAGAUUCCUGAAUGCAGUUAUCUCACACACGAACACCACCAAAAACAACAACAUCAAAAACUAAUCGGACAGUUUUGAAGAGAGUGCAUGUCGGAUCCCGUCUUUAGUUCUCCUUUUCAGGGAUCCGUCCCUUGGAGCUCUCCGGGCCCCAAGCUGUUAUCUGGCUCUGCUCAAUGUCCCACCCCUGCAUCAUGGUGUUCACCUUCUGGUGCCGAAUAUAUUAGUUUUUAUGCCUCUGUGCUUUUAUGUUUGUACAUACUUUAUGGGCUAAUAGCCGUAAAUAAAUAAAUAAAUAAAUAAAUAAAAUAAAGCUUAUGUCCACAGAUCAAUGCGUAUAGCUUUGGUCUGCUUGAUUUUGUCCAUAAAGCAGGGGGAGGGAACUGUAAACCCAGGGGACAAAUGUGGUCCACCAUCCCUCUCUCUCUGGCUCUUGGGAAUCUUCCUUAGACAUGCUGUCUUUCUCCCUAGCAACAUCCACUUUCCAUAAGUGUCACAGCCACCUUGAGUGUUUGUACCUGGCUGGAAUGUGCGCUUGAACUCUGAUGGCGACAAUCGCUUGUCUGGAUGGAUGGCAGAGAUGGGUGUGUGAGUAUGUGUAGGAGCCAGCCCACCAUACAAAAGUGGAGUUUGCAUUCAUUGCUUUGCCCACUUUUGCCUCUAGCUCCUUCCACCAUGUGGCAUGUGACCCCCCCCCCAAAAAAAACCCUUUGGGCUGAAAACCAUUCCCCACCCACUUUCUUACUGUCUGCUCUAGCAGAACUCUAGCUGUCCCCACUCGUCACAGGGCUAUACCACCAGUUUCCCUGGGGGAAAGGAUCCUAUUGACCUUGUAUAUGUGAAUUUAAAAAUAUAUUUUGAUGUUUGAUUUUGAGCACUUAAAACAGGCAUAGGCAAACUCGGCCCUCCAGAUGGUUUGAGACUACAAUUCCCAUCAUCCCUGACCACUGGUGCUGUUAGCUAGGGAUGAUGGGAGUUGUAGUCCCAAAACAUCUGGAAGGCCAAGUUUGCCUAUGCCUGACUUAUAAGCUGCCAUGGAAGAAUUUGUAUCCUGAAAAAUGGGCCAUUGAUGAUGAUGAUGCGACUAGCUAAAAAUAAUAUUGUGCCACAUUCCAAACCAAGAUUAAAAUGUUGAUUACGGCUGCAAUCUUAUGCACACUUACAUGGAAGUAGUUCUCAUUAAAAUCAACGGUGCUUCUGUGCAGAUCUGUAUAGGGCUGUACUGUAGUGUGCAUGCAUAUUAGAACUCAGGAUAGCUCAGUAGGUAGAGCAUGAGGCUCUUCAUCUCACGGUCUUAGGUUCAAGCCCCAAGUUGGGCAAAAGAUUCCUGCAUUGCAGGGGAUUGGACUAGAUGACCCUUUCCAAUUCUACGAUUCUAUCGUCACAUGGAUAGAAAAGUUACUUUCCUCUAAGGAGUCAAUAAUACAUUAGAUUUGCAUUGUGCUUACUUAUGCAGCACUAAGUCUUGAGGCACUUUAACAACUAACAAAUGUAAUGUGUAUUUCACUGGUGUCUGCUCUCUGAUGCAUUGAUGACAAUAUAUAACUCCCAACACGUUUACUACUUAAUACAGUACGUAUAAUCUGCAGAAAGGGCAAAGAGGAUCAAUAUGCUCCAAUUGCUACUACUGAGCUCUAUGUGGCAAUGGAGGCCAAAGCCCACAGACAAUUAAUUUGUAUCAUGCCCAGGCUAAAAGUGAAACUGAUUUGAGUCCAGGAAGUUGAUAGUGUCUAAAUAUGCUUCACAUUCCAGUAGAUGAUGUACUAUCAAGGUGUAUUUAGAGAUUAAACUAUCAUGCUUCAAAGUGAUGUGCCAGGAUUGAUUUUCGAAAGUGUUCCUUUUAUUUAGAACAGCCUCCUCCAACCUGAUGACUUCCAGAUGUUUUGGACCAACUCACAUCAGCCCCAGCCAGCAUGGCAAAUGGUCUGGGAUGGUGGGAGUUGGAGCCCAAAACAUCUGGAGAGGGCACCUAGUUUAGAAAGGCCAUGUAAUGGGCACAGAGGACCCAUAAAGGGCUGAAAGAUGCCCACAGAAACCUGGCCUCAUUAACUUUUGGAGUUUUUGGUUUGGCUGGUUUCUCACUUUUGCUUAUGACUAUGUGUUUCUUAUUAAAUCAGUGGAUAUAAUUAGUAUCUAACUUUAAAGUCUACCAAGUGAUGGCUUGGUACUCCCUCUUUAUGCAAUUUGCCUAAAUCCUCUUUGAACUAGUUUAAUACUUUCUCUUUUUUCUCCUGCUGCUUUAGUUGGCAGAUCUAGCCACUGUGUGUGACAGAAAUUCUGCCUCAAAUCUUGGAUGGAUUAGUCUCUUUCCCUAGCUACAGUCUGAGACCUCUUGUUCUUGACCUAGUUAUCUCUCAAAUAACUAGUUGGCAGUCAUUCACUGUUUUCUUAAAAACUGGCUGCACAAUCCUAACCACAUCUACUAAGAAGUAAGUUCUACUAAAUUCAAUGGGGCUUACUCCCAAGCAAGGUGUGUGGGGUAUGUGUAUUAAUAUUAUAGUUUUAAUCACUUGAAGACCCAGUGAGGCCCAGUACCUACCAGUCUCCACCUUAUUGCCAAAAUGAAUGUGACCACGUUAGUAGCCAUCUGGCUUCUUGAGGCUAAGACAGAUGGGAAUAGCAAAAGUUUUUGGAAUAAGAGACAUGUUAUGGUGGUACAUCACAUGAUCCUAUUUUAAAACUCAGUUGCUGGACCAUGAGCACUAAUGGUCAGCUGCUGUUUCUAAAGCUCACUGAAAAUGAAAUUAAUGAACUUCCUAGAGGAAUAGCAUCAUUAUGAAAGCAUUAAAAGAAUACAGUGUGGUGGAUUAAAUGCAGAAAUAACUAAUCAUUUUGCAAACCUUACAAACGAUGGAACUAGAAACCGAUCGGUAACACAUUGAAUGAAUAGUGCAUGAUAUUGAAUGAAUAAUGCAGGAUAUUGGUUUAGAUAAUCAAAUACUUUUGAAGAUUGAACUCAAAAGGUCAUCUAGACAUCCCACAUCAUUAAGCACUAUUAAUUAAACACAGUAUAUCCCAGACUGGUGUGUCCCUCAUUUUUAAAUAUACUUUUUUAAAAAAAUCAAUAAUAAGAUGUAUAUGCUUAAGCAUCACAAAGGAAAAUAAUAAUGCCCUGUGACUGCAUGUGUGCCAAAAUGAAAGAAUGUACAACUGAGAAAACAAAGAAUCAUGUUUGCAAUUUCAUUACUGAAUAAAUAAUGGUGGGUUUUCAAGAAAUGCAAUCUCCCUGCUGUUGUCAUUCUUGCUCUAAUUUCCCUCCAUGCAUAUUAAAGAUUGUGAAAAAUCUGAACCAUUCUCUUUCUCUCAAGUCUGUGUGUUUACCUUUUCACAACCCUUAUGUUUAAGCAAAAUUUUCAUGGGGCUACUGUACUAAUCAAGAAAUAACUAGACAGCACUAAGGUAGCCUCAGCUGUGUGACAAAAGCUGAAAUCUGUAACCUGUACUAAUGUUGCAGAUUAGGCACAUUGGCAUAGACUUGCUUAUUUUGCAUAAUGUACUAUACGUCUGAUAGCUGGGAGCAAGGCAAAAAGCUAUACAAGCACUGAUGCUUUGUCUGCAACUAGUAGAAAACCUCACUUGAAAAUUCUGAGAAUUCAGCAGCAUUGCUCACACACUUUCACAGCCUUGAGAUCUAGAAAUCUGUAUUUUUUAAAAAAGAAAGAAAGUGUAUUUAUUUUGAGAAAACAUAAUAUACAAAAGAUAGCCUAGCAAGUGCUGUCCCCAGCAACAGGAAAAGGUGGGAUACAGAUUAAUAGUAAGAAACUGAUAUUGGCAAGAUGAAGACCUCUCAACAUCAUGUUAUGUUAUUUAUUUAAUUUCUAUACCACUUUAUAUUUUAAAUAAAAACCUCAAAGCGGUGUACAGCAUAUUAAAUCAAUAAAACAAUAGCUGGGCGAUGUUCCUCCGGCCUCAUGAGGAGCCUCUUCAGUGGGGCUGGUGAGUGUGGGCCCCGUCCCCUAGGCCAGGUGAGAAACAGCCUGUUUUCAGAAACUUAAGAGAGUGGAGCACGAUCACACCAAUGACUGUGCCCCACAGUCUAUGCAUGUUCAGCUGAAAGUCAGAGGCUUUGCUGGUGUAUGUUCAUAGGAACCUCCCUCCUUGCAAACACAGAACUCCAAAAAUGUGAUAUAUAAAAAAGAAAUACAAAUACUGUAUGCUUUAUAAUAAGGGGAGGGAGGAAAAGAAGAUGAUUUGAACUCAAACCAGGAAAAGAAGUUGUAACUGGCUCCACCAGCAGCUCAUGCAUCCAGAAUGCUGCUUUAGUAGAUUUAGCUUGUUUUAGCUUCUUGCCAGCAUUAUGUGAAAUAAGGCUCCAUCAGAAAUAAUUUUAUUUUAGUAAGAAGAUAUCAACUUUAAAGAGGCUUGUCAGUACUAGCGCAGAAAAAGAUAAACAGCCUCCAGACAAACCAACCCCACCAAGUCUUCAGCUUGCAGAAGGUUAGAAGAAUAAAGGAAUAGAUUUAAAGCAAAAUGAUAGCUCCAUUACAAAGCACUGGCUCGAUUCCACUGGGAACCAGGAGCCUAAUGUUUGCAAGAGCAUUGCAUCUCAAGAGGAUGCCUAAGAAACAGGCAUGAGCACCAGUCUUGGAGAGGAGGAAAUGGUGAGCCUCCCCCCUGCUCCCCUCCCCCAAAGGCAGCACAGGUUCAGAGAGAAAAGGGCAUAAGCCAGCCUUUUAUGCAAACUAUUAUGGUAUAACAAAAGCAAGCUCCUUUGCUGGUUCAGCUUUUGCAUUUCCAUCCAUGGCCAGUCUCCAGCGCUGUCCAUGGUACUUUCCCAAGACUUUACCCUGCAGGAGGGGGUCAAUUUUCAGCAGAGCACUUCCCUAUCUGUACUUCUCCUUCCACAGCUAUAACCUGGUAGUGCAGAUGUAAUGUAUGUAAAUAGUACCAAAUUCAAACAUACAAUAACUAAUAUUAGCAACAAAAAUCAAAAUAAAACGCACCACCAGCUUUCACUGGGAUUGGUGGGCUGUUUCCCAGAUUUGCUUUCUGAGUCCUGUAUGUAGAAUGUUGUGGACAGUUCAGCAAGUCCAGGGAUGGGGAAAUGGUAGCUCUCCAGAUGUUGCCAGACUACAUCUCCCAUCAUUCCUGAUCACUGGCUAAGCUGGCUGGCACUGAUGGGAAUUGUAGUCAAACAACAUAUGGCUGGCUACAGGUUCCUCAUCUCUAAUCUAGUCUGAUCCCUUAGUUCUCCUCCUGCCAUCUCAUCAUUUUCUAUUUCUAAUCCUUCCUCCCAUUGCUUAGAUACAAAUUUACAUCAAUUUAACAAUCCUUUUCCAAAUGGAAAUAUAGUCACUAAUAAUUUUAUAGAAAUCAAUGGUCAGUUGAAACAUUUGAAAUGGAUUUUGGAAGAUGGGUAGCAUUCUUAAAUAUGAAUGAUUAUAGAAGGCAAAUGUCCAAAAGAGGGAAAAUAACUUUGACUUUUUUUCCCCCUUAAGAGCACCAGGAAUAAAAAGAAAAGCAGAUUGGUUUUUAGUGUGUGCUCUUGUUUGCCUGGUCCUGGUAGGUUUCUUCUGUUCAGUUCCCACACAACAUAUCUCAUUGUUCGCAUACACCACCCUUUGAAUCAGUGAUAACUAAACUAGUUCCAAAUGAGACAGUGUUUUGGCAUGUCUUGCUGGGCUAUUUGAACAUCCUUCCUCCCCUUAAAUGCUGUCUUGGAUAGAAUUUUUGAGAAGUGCUAAGUUUGCAUAUUCGAAGAAGGGAAGAAAGAAAGAGGUGAGGCCUCCAAAUGGUCCUAAUUUUUAAAAAUCAAACUUUAUUUUAAUUUAAAUAUUCGUUACUUAUUAUUUGCAAAAGCAAUCACGGAGAAGGCUGCAGUUAAAAUUCAAACUUAACAACGGAUAUUACAACCAUAGUAAGCAGAAGAAAUACACAGGUAAUACCAUAAGGAACUAAGUUCACAUGGAAAUAGUCAUCAAAAGCCUGAGUGAAGAAACCAUUCUUCAGCCUUCACUUAAAACACAGCAAGGUUGCUGCCGCCAUAUCUAAGAGGGAAGGGAAUCCCUUAGCCAGGCCACCAUCUUUGAGAAGCCCCUUCUCCAAUGAUACAGUCCAUAGAGAAUUCUGAAAAGUCCAGUGUGUUUUGAAGACCCCCUUUUUUCCAGAGGAUGAGAGAUGCUGCCAUGAGUGCAAUACCUUAGCAGUGGAACCUAAUUGCUCCCAGAGAAGACCACCAUCAGCCAAAAUGUGUUCAGCUCUUCAGUGUUUGAUAAGAACUGUAUCAUUUGAUAAAAUAUAGCUUUUAAAGUACCAUUUUGAGGCCUUACCUCUUUCUUUCUUUACUUCUCUUGCCUGCUCCCAUUUAGGUUUGCAUACCCAGUGUUGCAGGAUUGUAAAAUAAGAAGUGGAACUGAACCCAACCCCCCCAGCCCUAAUGGGGAACUUUCAAGCGUUUUAGUGGUCCCUGCUGCAUUUUGGUUCUAAUGCAAAAUGGCAGCUAGCAAUGAACACAGUUAAGUCCCUUAAAUAAUACAUAUUUUACAUGAAAGCAAAACAAUUUGUAAUAGCUCUCUGGCCUCUCCAGUAGCUACAGCUAUCAUGGGGUAAUCACUCCCUUAGGGAAUUCAAAGUACUCAUCUGUUCUUCAUUUUCUGCUUUACUCCAAGGAAGUGAUUAUCCUGUGCCGAUGGUCAUAUUCUUUGUCAUGCCUUAUUGGUUAAUUGCAGCAUGCUUUUUUAAAAAAAGGAAAUCAGGUGAGGUUGUUGAAAUCCCUUUAAGAUAGUUUAAUGCCUUCUGAGCUGGUAGCGACAUGGACUAAUUAACCAUCCUUGAAGAAAAUCCAGAGAGCCUCUUCCAAGAGGCAACAUUUUCUCUCUUUCCCUGUACACAGACUGUGGUGAAGUCACGCUCCUGGUAUCUCAUGCACACCCCCAGGCUCUUCAUGUCAAAAUACACCAGCUGAGCAUGUAGGAUAAGAACAGCCACAGGCUUUCCUCUGCUCCUAGAGACAUUUCAAAUCUAUACGUUCCCCUGAUUAGUAUAAUGUGCUGCAUCUUUCAAAGGCAUCAUCUGCCCCCCUCUACUUCCCACUGUCAAGAAUGGGCCGCUUUUUGAGAGGGCAGCACCCAAAAAAUCACCACGCAACAGAAUAGCCACACAAGAGAAAACACACACAUGGGAAUGCACAAACACAGGAAAAGGCUAUACAGUAUGUGCAUAUUUAAUGUUUACAUCCAGAAAAAGCAUCAAAACAAUUCCUUAGCAUUUCUAACUGAACAUCUAUUUGAAAUAAUUGAAACUGAAACGUUAACAGAAAUUACAUUUCGCUAAUCCAUUUACAAUGGUAUAAAUUGCUUCGCAUAGCCAACUGCCAGGCUGACUGCUCUAGUUAAUAACUUUAAUGCUAACGUCCCUUCAGGCAAGGAGACAGACACACCGCUGACUGCGGAUGGUUUUGCUGCGGCGCUUUGGCUAUUGUCCAGCCCCUAUAGGAAAGCUAAGCUCACAGGUUUAGUCGCUUUCCUUAUCUCUUACUAACGUUGCAGCUGUUUAGUAUAGCAAUGCAAGCUAAUCCAGGAGGCAACAGAGAGGAUCUAAAACUAGGAUGAGGAACCUCGGGUCCAAGGGUUGAGGAUGGCCCUCAAGGUAUUCCCAUCCUGCUUUUGAGACUCUCUCCCAGGCUGCACCCCUCACUGACCCUGCUCCAUAUCCUCAAGAGCUUCUGCCUGGCUGGAACUACUGUCCUUGAACAGUAACAAUAACUUGCUUGCCUGGGUGGAGAGAUGGGUGUGAGUGUGCUGAAACUUCCAACUUUUGCAUGGUUGGAAGGUAGCCUGUUGUACAAAGGUAGGCAUCACACCCUUUGCUUUACCGACUUUUGCCUCUGACCACACCCAUUUCCAUCCAGCCACACCCACCACUGACAUUUGCCCCCUGGGAGCUUUCCCUUGACUGAGAGAAUGUGGCCUUCAGGCUGAUGAAAGUCCCCUACUCCUGAUUUUAUUUUAUUUUAUUUUUAAAAAAAUACCUACUUUCCCUCGCAUCAGAUGUCAAGGAAAUAAACAACUAUCUGACUUUUAGAAGACAUCUGAAGGCAGCCCUGUUUAGGAAAGUUCUUAAUGUUUGAUGUUUUAUUCUGUUGAAAGCUGCCCAGAGUGGCUGGGGAAGCCCAGCAAGAUGGGCGGGGUACAAAUUAUUUACUUACUUACUUACCAUGAAUCUAUUUUAUUUAAUUUUUCAGUAACAGCUGUGACUUUUUAUUUGAUUUUUAGAUGCCUUUGACCUUAUCCACCAAUUAUUUUUAUUUAGAAAAAUCAUACACUAUACGUAAUAGCAGUCACAAUAAAGUGAACUAUGUAACAAGUGUGCAAAUGAGGUGCACCUCUAUGUUCCUUGAAACUUUAGGCUAAGGUAGGCUUAAAUCUAAAUGAAUAACAACAAUCUGUUAAAUAUAUUUUUCAACAAGCGAUCUUAUAGUAAUAUGCUUUAAAAAAAUUCUGCUGUGGUUGCUGAAUUGAUGACUUGAUUUACUGGUGUUUUAAUAUAAUUUGUAAACUGCCCUGGAAUUUGAUAAUGAAGGUAGGUGUAUAAACAUUUCAAAUAACCAACAAUAGUAACAAUAGCAUUUUUUAAUUUAGCUAGUCAAAUCCUAUGACAAAAGGCUUCACUUGUGUUAAGAAUUGUGUCAUCAAAAACCAAGAAGAGUGCUCGCCGUUAUUGCUGUUAGGUUAUGUGUACCAUCUGAAGCAGAUAUUUCCAGGCAACACAAAGCAAAUCAUCAACUAUAUAUAAUUGCAUUGUCAGCUGUAACAAUGAAAUAGUGGAAGCCAUAAAAUAAUGCCAAGGUUUGUCACCAAUAACACAUGUAUCACACUAUGCCUUAUCUGACUUGAAGGGACUGAUGAGUGGAUAGCGAAAGGUCAUUAUCUUCCAGCCAUUAUGAAAUUAAUUUCAGCUGUAGUAAAGAAGAAACAGUGGGAAAAGUAUGAAAAUAAAUUGGAAGUUAAUCAACGGAUGUUCCACAGAUAAACCCGAACUGGAUCUUCAAGCACCCCUUGUGCUCAGUGAAGGCUAGAUGAACAGAUUGGAGCAUAAAUCCACUUGAUGAGAAUGGAAAGCUCCUCUGUUAUUAAACAUAAUUACUAAAUGCCAUAAAAUAAAAUGCUUUGGCCAGUUCAACAAUGUGACUAGAUGUCAGUUUUCUGAACACGUUCCAUUAAUCUAUUAUAUUUAUUAUUUGUGCCCAUGCAGAAGGUCAAUAAAAUGAGGUUCAUUGAAGUUCAUGUAGCUGUCUGUACUAAGAGGGACAGAGAUGUUUCCACUUCUCCCAUUUUUCUUUUACAUCUCUGUGCCUCACCUCCACCCCAGAGUUAGUCACAUGCAGUGUUGCUAUUCAUGAUUCUGACCUGAGAUAAAGAACUGAAGCUUUUAUACAGUGAAAAGUGGAUGGGGGCACAAUGACUGAUUCAUGUGGAUAUUAACACCUUCCCAACACAUUUGGAGCGGAGGAAAGCGGCUAUAUAAUUCUAUUUAAAUACCAGAGUUCUGGAAGCAGAAUUGCUGUUCCAUUUGAAGCUUAAAGCAGAAUAGCUAAAUAAUCCAUGUUUGGAAGCACCCCGUCUGAUAUUGAAAUGGGGAGUCAGACUGAAGUAUUUUUCUUUUUUCUUUUAGAUCAUAAAAUGCUUUUUCAGUUAAGGAAUUCAAGUGAACCUAUGGGAUCUAUGAUUUUCAAAGGUCUUUAUUGUUUUCUGCUAAAUCACUUAUACCCAGUCCCCAGAUCUUGAGGGGCAAUUAGUUCUACAAGCCCCUUUGAAAUGAAUGCGAGAGACCUGUUGUUUCACUCUGGCUCAUCUCUGUAGAGCAGGGGUCAGCAAACUUUUUCAGCAGGGAGCUGGUCUACUGUCCCUCAGACCUUGUGGGGGGGAUGGACUAUAUUUUGGGGGGUGGGGGUGGAAAAUGAACGAAUUCCUAUGCUUCACAAAUAACCCAGAGACGCAUUUUAAAUAAAAAGACAUAUUCUACUCCUGUAAAAACAUGCUGAUUCCUGGACCAUCCGUGGGGCGGAUUGAGGCGGCGAUUGGACCGGAUCCAGUCCCCGGGCCUCAGUUUGCCUAUCCAUGUUGUAGAGCAUCGUCUGGCACACUUCUCCCAUGAUUGUGCCCAAAGCCCAGCUUUCUCCUCCUGAAGACUCAUCUUUAUCUUACAGCUGAUUAGUUAGUUAACAGUUUGCAGAGCAUUUGCUAGUCAAAAAUAAAUACAGCUCAAGCUGUAAAUGUUUUAAUUAAUAAGGUACAAAAACAGUACAGCCUUUUCAUGAUUCAUUGCUAUGGAGAGUUUUAGAGUACAAGAUGGUUUGGGAGAGCUCUAAAGAUGUAACAUAUGAUAACAUUUGACAGAUGGGGAUUCUCAAAAAUGGAAUGUACUGAGUUGUUAUAAUAAUAUCAGGCACAUGAUGUUCACAUGUGCUCCCCCUUGCCCUGAAAUAGCUAGAAUACAAGCAAUAUUAUCACUUCAGUAGUCUUGGGCUGCCAUCCAAAGCAAAUUUACUUGGAAGAUGUAUGUCCCAUUAAAAUCCAAUAAAUGUAUUUAGGAUUGAGGUGGACAGUUCAACUGUAGUCUUACAGAGGCAACAUAAAUUUCACUGUCCUGCAACUAUAUGACAUUCCUAAAAACAUUAAUUUCAUGCACACAUUACACAACAGAGGAUGUAAUCUAAAGCACUUAGCACUGAUUUAUUAAUUUUUUCCCAGUUUGCAGAUGUUGUUGCUGCCAUGUAAAUCACAGUUGCUUAAUAGCUUUGUCUGGGAUAAGGCACAUUGACUGGCAGUGUGAGCUAUCAAUUUUAUGACUUUUUAUUUUUAAAAAAGGUCUAUUUUCUUCUGCAUGUCUAGUUACUUUCAGAUGCUGAUGUGCUCUGAUAGAUCCGACAUAUAGGAAUCCUACUAGUUGCACUUUAUAGUAAAAACCAUUAAGAAAUCAAUGGCUACCACAAAUUUAUAAUCCAAUGUUGAACUGCACACAGAGACUAUGUAAGUCACUCAUUGGAAGUCAAUGGAGCUCUAAAAAGGGGACAUUUGGUUUAUGAAAAGGUCACUGAACUAAUUGAUGUUCCUAAUUGCAGGGAUGGGGGGAUGCUUUGUUGCCUGACAGUGUGGUCUACUUAUUAUCGCACAUGGCAACAGAGUAAUCAUUGCUACCUCCUAAACCCACAAAAUUAUUCUGCAAACCAAGCAGAUCCAUUAACCUCCAGGGACAACACUAGCCAUACUGGUCUCCCACUUUGGCAGGGAGGUACAGUAUGGUUCACAUAUGUCUAAAUGACCUGAUCAUGACAAUGGCUUAGUAUUCAAACCAGAUCAUCAGAAUCCUACCCUUGAUUAUGAUGAAGGCCAUCUGAACUGGUAUAGAUAGUGAAGUCUCUAAGCAACACAAAGCAUAGUAGACUCCAGCACCAGGCUCAUGACCAGCUCUGACAGUUCACUUAGGGUAUCCACUGGGCAAUUAGGGGAAUAGUAUACCAGGACAAUUCCUAGCCUGUCCCUGGAACCCAACACCUAGAAUGCAGCCCGUGUCUGUCCAGGAAACCUGUGUAAGGAGAAUGACUUAUGGAGAACCCUAGCUACCUCAGGGCAACCAACAAUGGUUGUGCUGUUUGGGCUUGUUCACCCACAUUUGUCCUGAACAGAAUGGAUCUGGCAUUUCCCACCCCCAGAUAAGGGGGGAAAAAACAGAAAUUUCAUAACAUUUGAAAGACCAGGUGGUCCAUUGGCUGUCCCUCAACUUGCAAAAGCCAUUCCAUCAGGAUGCAGCAAGGGACAAUCGGGAAGCAGGGCAAUCCAUAAGCUCUGCUGAAAUGUCAACUCCACCAGGCUUCUUCCUCCAUCAAAUGUUGCCUCGCAGUGGCAGUCAUUCCAUCAAAGUGCAGCAAAGAGAGUGAAGGGAAGCAGGGUCACUCAGUUGGCUCUGCUUUAAGAUGAGCAAUUUUUGGCUUUCUGUUCUAGAUGGCCUUUAUAAGACCUUCUUUGUGACUAAGAAUUAAUACCUGAUUUUUGCUUUUCCCCUCCUCCCUCCCAAUACCUUUUCCUUCUCUGUCAUAUCUUAGCGUAUAAAUCAGUGGACAGGAAAAAUGAUGCUACUCGAUCUUAAUUUGUCUUAUGAAUUGUAAAAGGGUUUUACAAAAUAAAAGCUGAAAUUGUUUAUUAAACAGGUUGGAGACGGAGUCAUCUAGAAGUAACCCUGGCUUAUUCAAAAGUGAAAUAAUUGUACUGAAGAAGAACAAAACUUGAAGUACAAGAAGGCCGUAAUCCUGUACCCACUUAUCUGGAGGUAAGUUCCACUGAAUUCCUGCUGAGUAGACAUGUAUAGGAUUGCACCGUAAAAGACAAAUUCAAAUCUGUAGUAAAGAGAUAGAAUGAUCUGUGCUGUUAUAUGAUAUGCAAUCUUUUUUGCUUUCUGAAGCUAAUUUUUAAAAAUAUUAAAACCAGGCACCUAAAAAAAAGACAUUAGAUUACCUUAAUCUAUCUAUGUGGAAGCUUAUACCAGCAGUUAAUGACUGGUUUUCCUUAAUGACCCAUUAAGACUCCAGCAGAGUAGCCACUAACUCUGCUAUUUUGCAGAAUCUGUUUCAAAGGGACUAUUAAUAAUAAAACCUGACCUUGAUUUAUAAACCAAUACAUUUUUAAGGCUCCCAUCUUCUACACACUUACCUGUCAGUCAGUUCAUUUGAACUACGGUAAAUGAGACUUACACCUAAGUAGACAUGUGGAGGCUUGUGUAAUAUCUUCUUACUUGGAGUAAGGCCUCAACUGGAAAUAUUAUGAAAUCAAUAAUAACUUGAGAGUUAAUCCUCAGGUUUUUUAAGCUAGUCAGGAGACUUGGGGAAACUCUUGAAAUGAUAAAUAAUUUAAAUUCUCAAUUCUGUUGCUGAAGCAAAUUUUACUGAGCAAUUAUGAGUGCGGAGAGAACCUGGGGAGUAGAGCCUUGCAGAUGCAGCAUAUCAGAGACCAAAAUGUGUAACUUACAUGUGUAACCUGACCAGUUUUCUUUUUUUAAGACCUUGACUUUGCUGUCUGCAGAACAAGGUAGGGAGGCAAACUGAACAAAAGAAUAUAAACAAAGGAGACACUUUGCCUGCUGCCACAAAUCCCCAGCAGCAGAGGUUAUUAAGCAGCAUUCUGCAUGUCAGUCAAACACAAACAUUUCCUUUAUAUUUUGAACAGUCAUGAAAAUUCUCAAGGCCGGUCCCUGACAUUCUGCCGCCUGAGGCAGAGAAGCAAAUUACACCCCUCUCUGCAUAGCCCUAUUCAAUUUGCACAACAAUUCUUGAUGUUUUCCCUUGCACAACAAUGUUCUGCCAGCGUAACAAGAAUCACACUUAAGUGACUUACCAUAAUAAAUUAAAUAGCUAACAAUUUCCUGCCCUUUCAUGACCCUCAGCAUCAACUGCCUGAGGCAACCAUCUCCCUCUGCCCAACAGUAGGGUCUUCCCUGAAUAUUACUGAUGUUUGUACCGACCAACUCCCUGAAAUUCUAGCAAGCUGGACAACAGGGAUGAUCCACCAUAUGAUCCAACUCCAUCUCCCAACUCUGACCAUUGGAGGUGGAGUUCCACAUCCUCUGCAGGGCCACAGGCUUCCUAUUCCUGCUCCUCAGCCUCAUGAACACCUAGUUUGACCGAACAAUUCCUUUUCCCCAUCAAUAUUCAACAGAACUUCCUCACUACAUUUUUAGGCUACCCAGUAACAAAAAGUUACCUGGGAGACUUACAAUAAAAAUUUGAAACCAUUAAAUAUACCCAACAAAACAAAACAAAACAAAAACACAACCCCAAAAACAAACAACAAAAUCUAACACAUCCUAAAACUAUCAACAUAGAGUAAAAUCAAUAUGGUUAACUCAUGGCAGUGCUGGAAACUGAAGAGGAAAAAUGUAAAAUCUUGGGUAAAUUAAAAAGGUCUUUAGUAGGUGCUGAAGAGACUGCAGUGUAGAUAUCAGGUGAGCCCCUCAGAGAAGGACAUCCCAUAAUGGGGGCACCACCACUGAACAGGCCUGCUCUCUAGUAGUGACCUGUCAUCAUUCACCUGGAGAAGAGCCUCACAUAACUAUAUAUAUCACUAUGUAGAUAUAGGAGAGAGGAGAUGAUCGUGUAAUCUUCCCCCAAGACAUGCAGAUCUAAAGCAAGCAAGAAUUUCCCAGCUACAAAUGGCAUAACACAUUUCAGCAGCUUAGAAAUUUCCCAUGAUUUUAUACAUCUGCAGGGUAGCAGAGUACCUGUCACCGUCCUCCACACAGAAUGAAAUAAAGUUAGAAAUCUUCUGCAACACCCUUGAUAACCCGACUCUCUGAAAAUAUCAGCAUAACAAUGAACACUCAGAGAGCAGAAAAGUGUAAUGACUGACAUUUUCAAUUACCUAGACAUUUUUGGAGCAAGGAAGUGGCAUGAGGUUGAUAAAGGGGUUUCAGAGCAAGUGAAUUUAUAAAUGACUAACAUCUAAGAUUUUUCAAGUGUAAUUCACAUCUGAAAUAAAAUAUGCUGCUUUGUUCAUGUAUGUAGGCACGGCCUAGUCAUUCUAGUAACCAGAUGUAUCCAUUGUCCACACAUAAAGAUGAUGGUUCUCAGAAGCGGCAUUUCCAUGGAAUUGCUGUGGUGGCAAUUCCACCUGAACACUCCCAAGAUGCUGAUGGUGAGCUGAUAGUGUGA